AUGCCAUGGGUCACUAGUACAUAUGCACUCAGCGUCGAUAGCGACAUUCUGGGUAAGCUUGUUCCGAUCUCUUCCCGUCCGCCGUUAAACUCGCUUAUCCAGACUUAUGAUUAUAUUUGUUCACUUCACGAAGAGUGGACGUUCCUGCAUCAGUCGCGCUGGACUAAGGCAAAAGUCCUUUAUAUCAUUGCGCGAUAUGUCCCCUUUCUAUUCGUCAUCACGGACAUAUUUCUGAAUUUCGCUCCGAAUGAGAACACCAGAAAAUGCAAAAUAUUGGUCUACAUCUACUCAAGUUUCGGAGUGAUAUCACUCGCUUGCUCUGAAUGCUUUUUUGUGCUCAGGACAUAUGCGCUUUGGAAUAGCAAUAAGAUCGUACUUGUAGCCAUGCUGUCCGCCCUUUUUGCUGUCAUGGUAUCGUUCAUCGGCAUUUGUUUUAGCGCGAUCGCUACUUCUUAUGUGACGACUAGCGCGAUCCCAGGUAUCACAGGCUGCUACCGGAGCUCAACCCGCGUCCAAUUCUUCUUACCAUUUCUUCUCUUGUUUAUCUUUCAACUGGGACUUGUCUCCUUGACGCUCAUACGUGUCGUCCAAACCUGGCGAACGUCCAAUAGCGAUAUUUACGCUGUUCUGGUGAAGCACAACAUAUUCUACUAUGCGUGCGGUCUAUUUCUCUCAGCUGUGAAUGUCCUUGCGCCAAUAAUUUUUUCUGAUGCUGUAUAUUACUCCCUCCUCGAAGAUUUGGAGGCCUUUGUCCUUGCGCUUCUCGCCACGCGCAUGCACCUCCAUCUCUGGCAUAUCGACCGUUACGUGUAUAGCCCCGAGAUCUUCACGUGUAUAUCCAUGUCCGAUAUGUCAUCUGCAUCUGCAGAUCGUACGGUCAUUACGGUGUGA